UAGGUAAAAUUCAAGCUGGCGAAUUUUAUAUUUCGUAUUUUUUUCGCAUGAGAACACUAAUAUCUUCACUAAUUAAGGAUAGGUCCCUAGUUAGAAUGCCUCCCUGCUAAUUUUUCUACUACUUUUUUAAUUUAGUCCAUAUAAGUUUCCUCUAUGUUUGUACCGUUCGUCGUUCUAAUUCUCCGCACGCCAUGAUCAUCUAGAGAGCUUGUUCCUUCGCUUCCAUUUGAUCCCGUCAACCGAUAUCCGACAUAUGGCAUUGGCCGCGCUCCAGAGCGCGGCUUUGGCCGCCAUCGUCCUCGCUUCCGUGACGAUGGCGCCGGCGUUCGUCCCCUGCUCCGCCGAGCUGCAGCGGUUCGAGCGCUCACCCAAGCCCGAUGGGUCGCUCAGCCUGUUGGUCAUCGGAGAUUGGGGAAGGAAUGGGUUGUUUAAUCAAUCGGAAGUGGCGUUUCAGAUGGGAAGGAUUGGAGAUGAAUUAGAUAUAGAUUUGGUGAUAUCCACCGGAGACAACUUCUACGAGUAUGGCCUUGCCGGCGUCGAUGACAAGCGAUUCGAGGAGUCAUUCUCCAACGUUUACACCGCAAAGAGUCUACAAAAGCAGUGGUACAGUGUCUUGGGAAACCAUGACUACAGAGGAAAUGUGUUAGCACAGCUGAGUCCUGUUCUCCGUAGCAUAGACGGCAGAUGGCUUUGCUUGAGAAGCUUCAUUCUUAAUGCAGAGAUUGUAGACUUCUUCUUCGUGGACACAACUCCAUUUCAGGAAUCAUACUGGACCAACCCAGGGAAACAUCACCAUGACUGGAGAGAGGUUGCACCUCGCGGGACUUACAUUUCAAAUCUACUGAAGGACUUGGAUGCAGCACUAAAAGAAUCCACAGCACCAUGGAAAAUUGUCGUCGGGCACCACACAAUGAAGAGUGUCAGUGAGCACGGAGACACGCCUGAACUUUUAACUCUAUUACUCCCUGUUCUUAAGUCAAAUGGUGUGGAUUUAUACGUGAAUGGGCAUGACCAUUGCCUGGAGCAUAUCAGCAGCAAUGACAGUCCAAUUCAGUAUCUGACCAGUGGAGGUGGCUCCAAGGCAUGGAGAGGUGUUUCCCAUUCAAACUCAGGCAAGCUUCAUUUCUUUUACGAUGGGCAAGGAUUCAUGUCCCUGCAGCUCACCAGCUCAGCUGCUGAUCUGGCGUUCUAUGACGUGUUCGGCCGAGUUCUUUACAAGUGGAGCGUGGCCAAGUCUCUUCGCCCAGCAGCAUAAGCCAUGUAGUUGAUCAGUGGAUCAUUUGUGAAUAUGUCAUUGUUCAAGGUCUUAGGAUUGGUGUUGCAUUGAAUUACAGCAAGCAGAGAGUGAGAUUGUAAUGUGGCAUGAGAUAGAAUAAUGAUGUUGUAAGAUUUGAGUUGUGAAUGGCCAUGAAUAGUGUGCCAUUUUCUUAA